ACUACGGUCACUCGUUAAACAGGGGAUUUGGUUUAGACAGCAAUGUUGCAACUUCAUUGCUUCAUGGAUUCUGUGUCAGUCAACAACUGAGAGCUUUGGUUUAUGAAAUACUCCUCAUUUGUGGACGGAGCUCAGUGUGCAGGGAUGGCUAUGGUUUGCCUCACAGACUUUGAGGAGUAUGCAAAGCAGCAUCUUUCAAAAGCUACCUGGGAUUAUUAUGCAGCCGGAGCGGACGAAUGCUGCACCAGAGAUGACAAUCUGCUGGCUUUUAAAAGGAUUCGCUUGAGGCCUCGCAUCCUGCGGGACGUGUCAGUAACGGAUACACGCACCACCGUGCAGGGGAGAGAAAUAAGCUUUCCUGUCGGCAUUGCACCCACAGCCUUUCACUGCCUGGCCUGGCAUGAAGGAGAGAUGGCUACAGCUCGUGCCACGGAGGCUCUCAACACCUGCUAUAUCGCCAGCACCUAUUCCACCUGCUCAGCGGAGGAGAUCGUUGCAGCGGCGCCGAACGGCUACCGCUGGUUCCAGCUCUAUGUGUACAGAGACAGAAAGCUUUCCGAGCAGCUCGUGCACCGUGUGGAGGCACUGGGUUACAAGGCCCUGGUCCUCACAGUUGACGUCCCCUACACUGGGAAGCGGCGCAAUGACAUCCGCAACCACUUCAGGCUACCACCCCACCUCAAGGUCAAGAACUUUGAGGGGGUGUUUCAGGAGACAGGAGGUCCAGAGGAGUACGGGAUACCGGCCAAUACCCUGGACCCCUCCAUCAGCUGGAAGGAUAUCACCUGGCUGCGGUCUAUCACCCGCCUCCCCAUCAUCAUCAAAGGCAUCUUGACCAAGGAGGACGCCGAGCUGGCUGUGGACCACUGCGUCCAGGGUAUAAUUGUGUCCAACCAUGGGGGGAGACAGCUGGACGGCGGCCCAGCAUCGAUUGAUGCGCUGCCAGAGAUCGUGGACACGGUGGCCGGCAGAGUUGAGGUUUACGUAGAUGGAGGAAUCAGGACAGGAAGUGAUGUCCUCAAGGCGAUUGCCUUGGGAGCCAAAUGCGUGUUCAUUGGCCGUCCAGCAGUGUGGGGCCUUGCAUACAAGGGGGAGGAAGGAGUGAGGGAAGUUCUUCAGAUCCUGAAUGAAGAGUUCUGUCUUUCAAUGGCUUUAUCAGGUUGCAGAAAUGUUGCUGAAAUCAACAGGAACCUGGUUCAGCUUUCCAAACUUUGACAUCCCAGCAAACGGCGACCUCCACGAUGGUACCAAUUUAAAAGGAUUCUGGCCUGAAUUAAACUUAGCGUGAGCUGUAAUAAUGAAAACAUUAAGGCAGGCUUACUUCAGGAACUAUUUCUUCCACGGAAUCACAGUAUUUUCAAGCUACUUGCAUAUUACUAACAUAUAUUUUGUCUGAAUCCUGACUUGUAAAUAUCCCUCUGUAACAGACUGUUGUGAGAAAGUGGGAUGUGUGUGAAAAAUUCAGGGACUGGUUAAAGAAAGUGUUUUUUUUGCUUUGGUAAAGGAAAGGAUGUGGGUAUAAAAAAAACAAACACAUUUCUUUUUGUAAAAUAUGCACAGGCACGUUUCCUUUCAAUUCGAACCAAAUUCAAUUUGGUUCAAUUGUACAAUGUUGGUUAAAAUGCUGACAGUGGUUCUGGUUAAAUGAAUAAAU